CUAGCCGAAAACCCUAGGCCGUCUUUCAUGGCGCCAUCUGCAACUCCCGAUUCUCCACCUUCAAUCCCAAAUCCUGACAAUGAGGAAAACUCUCUGCAACCAUUCUUCGUUCUUCACAAAGCAAUACCUCAAAAAUCCGGAAGAAAAGCUUCAGGGCCCGGAAAAACCAGAAGGAAAAUCGAUCUCUCUUCAGCAUCACCUAAAUCCGCCAAGAUAUCGAAGGUUGAAGCAGUUGAAGAUGAAGAAUAUGAUGAUGAUCAUCACUACGAACAGUUGCGCAUUGAAGCUUUUGAUCUUGUCUGGUCAAGAAUCGAGACUACCAUCAAGGACGUUCUGAGGGAGAUUAACGUCAACGUGUUCGAUGAGAUACACCGCUGGGUUCGUCAAUGCUUUUCAACUAUCAGGUCCCCUGGAACUCCUGGUGUCUCUGAAAUAACACGUUCGUACCCUCUGUUCACUGAUCUCACUUGCAGACAGAUCUUCACUGGCCUGGUGUUCACAAAGAAUGUGGAGUUUGUUGAUGAUCUACUGACGUUUCAAGAGCUGGGUGAACAUCUGAAAUCUUGUGGAUCCCAUGUGUGUAACCUUUCAUCACUCGACUUCUCGACUAAGAACGGGCUUGGUGGCUGUCUUAGAAGUCUAUUGAAACAAUUGGUAACGGUUACCCCUGAAGCAGCUGAUAUAGCCAUCUUAGCAUCAUGGUAUAGUGAAGAGGGAAACUACAGUAAUCCUUUGGUUGUGAUAAUUGAUGACAUGGAGCGAUGUAGUGGGUCUGUCUUGGCUGACUUCAUCAUGUUGUUGAGUGAAUGGGUGAUUAAGAUUCCAGUCAUCUUUAUAAUGGGAGUCACAACAACUGUUGAUGCCCCAAGAAAUCUGCUUCCAGCUAAUGCACUGCAAAAGUUGUGCCCUUGUAAGUUCAUAUUAGGAUCCCCAGCUGAGAGAAUGGAUGCAAUUGUUGAGGCAGUUCUCUUGAAAUCAUGUUUUGGAUUUAUUGUUGGCUACAAGGUUGCAAAUUUCUUGAGAAACUACUUCUUGAAGCAGGAUGGGACAAUAACUUCUUUUGUUAGGGCUUUAAAGAUUGCAUGUGCUAAACAUUUCUACAUGGAGCAAUUGAGUUUCAUGGCCAGAGGAUUGCUUGAAGAUUGCAGUCAAAGUUUCUGGAGUGAGAAAUAUGUACACUUGCCUAAAGGGAUGCUCAAAUGUGCAUUUGAUCUUCCAUCUUGCGAAAAGAAUAAAAUGGCUGAAGAGACUGGUGAGAACCUGGCCAAUGGUUUGUCAGAUUUGAAGAACUCUGUUAAUAACUGGACUUCGGUGGUCCACUGCUUAUAUGAAGCAGGUAAGUUCCAGAACAUUCGACUGUUAGACAUCUUCUGUGAGGCACUUGAUCCAGCUUUAUACAAUUUAAAUGCUUUAGAUCAUCAGGUAGGAAUAGGAAAUGAUUCUGCAAAACCUUCUUCAUUAGAUCAUUGUCUGCUAGAUGGACGAUAUUCUGGCCUACAGAAGGGAAGCUUCAUUUCCCAGGCAGUACGCAGAGUAAGGGAUCUUCCGUUAGCACCACUGUCUCAACUUCUUAAGACUUGGAGAAAACACUGUGAAGAAAUUACUGAAUUCUGCGACAAAGUGAAAGAGCUUCAGUCCAUGUUGAAACAUGAGGAUAAUGACAAGAGUUUGAAACGAGAUGCAGCAGAUAUACUCAAGAGGCCAUCAUGCAGCACUUUGAAUAUGGAGGACAUGAAGAUGAGUGACAAAGCGGCUAAAUUGAUGCAGUACAUGGUUAGGAAAUAUCUAAAACCAAUUGAGUGUCUCCCUUUUCAUGAGAUUAUUUGCUUUAAGCACAUUGACAUACUACAAUCAGCUCUAAUUGGAUAUCCUAGGAGAAAGAUUCAACUUGAUCUUUUGAAUUCCCACAACUAUCUUCAGUGUAAUUGUUGCAACAAGAGUGGAAAUGCCAUCUUGCCAUCCAUGCAUGAUACCUCAAUAAUGUAUACUUUGGCUCAAGAGCAUGGUGAUCUUAUCAAUCUUCAUGACUGGUAUCAAUCUUUUAAAACCAUUGUCCUUCAACCCAGUACCAAAGGAAAACACAAAGUGAAGCAGUCACCAUCAUCUAAGAAAGGGAAGUAUAUAAAUGACUCUCAAGACACUAGUGAAGCCUCAAUUCAAGCACGUUUCUGCAGGGCACUGACAGAACUCCAGAUUACAGGACUGUUUCGUAUGUCAAGCAAGAGACGUCGUGAUUUUGUGCAGAGGGUUGCCUUUGGACUCUAGUGACCAUAGUCUCUCCAACAUGUUUGCUCUGUCAAAUAUGUGUUAUUCUUGUUUGAUGUGGAUGGGGUGCCUCAUUACAUCUGUUGUGCCAUUAUAUCCCUUCAGAACUGUAAUUUAUGGAGGGGAGAAAGAUUUUAUGAAGGAAGAAAUUC